ACGCAGCAACAGAAUGAGCGUUCUGUUGGCCGAUAAAGAGACGCUCAAUUGACGUUUAGUAGCGUCGAUAGGUGUGACAUAACCUGAGUACAAAUUAUCGCUAAACAUCGAAUUGUAGCCGGUCGAAUCGAACGCGCAGUCGAAAGAAAUAUACUUUUUGAGGUUAUUCCGCGAUUAGUUUAUUCCGUAAAACAGAAUUAUCGAACCAUCGGUUGGUUCGAUUGCUGUCGAUCCACGUCUUUGGAUCAAUAUGGCAUUGGUUGGUGAUAACGAUGACUAUUUGGACGAGUAUCAGCGACAACUUGAACUCGUGCUGAAUAAGACAAACUUUGACGAACAAGAACUAAUCAGGGUUGAACAUCUUUCCAAUUACCUACGAUAUGACAGUGUACCUGAGGAAGACCUUAUCUUCAAUGUUAUUUAUGCUGCUCAACUCUACCUUAACUGGAGGUACCGCUAUCCAUGGUUGUUUGCACACUUAGUGCACUAUAUCGUAGAAGAGGUGCAGAAGGCCUGUAAAGACGAUCCAGUGAACUGUGGCUUCAAUUCGGAUAAGGGUGAGUACGUUCUGACGAGCCUAGUACGAACAAUUGAGGAUAAAGUAGAUGUAGCCAUCCAAAGAUUUUUGGACGAUGGGGAGUUGGAUCGUCUACCACCACCACCACCUUUGUUACGAUUACCAGUUUCUGCCUGUGCUUUAAAAAAUAAUUGCAGAAAGAUGGAGGAUAGAUUUGUAGUUCUGCGGGAUCUGCACACUAUACAUAGCAUACCGGACGAUACAGUAACAAAUUAUUAUGCUGUAUUUGAUGGGCAUGGUGGAGAAUACGCAGCCGUAUAUUGUGCCUUGCACCUACAACAGUAUUUGCUGAAUAGUAUUCAUUAUCCUAAGGAUCCUGCGCUCGCUUUGCGAGAUGCUUUCCUUAAAACUGACACAGGCUUUGCGGAAUUUGCUGAAAAGCGUAAUCUUAGUAGCGGAAGUACGGCCGCUGUCGUUCUUCAGCGGGAAAACAAACUAUAUGUCGCCUGGGUAGGAGAUUCGCAGGUGAUACUCGUCAAAAGUGGUGAAUACAUUCCGUUAAUUAAACCACACAGACUCGGCGAUUUUGAACGAGAGGAUGAAAAGGAACGAAUAAUCAAGAUGGGUGGUAGUGUCAUAUAUUACCACGGAUGGCGCGUAAAUGGUGCCCUCUGCGUAACGAGAUCAAUCGGUGACGUAAGUCAUAAACAGUGUAUUAUAGCCGAACCGGAAGUCGAGUGCACACUGUUGGAUGGGACGGAAGACUUUGUCGUCAUUGCCACUGACGGCCUUUGGGACUACGUUAAACCGCAGAGGGUGAUGUUGGAAGUUUACAAGUUCAUCUUCAAAAAUUCUGGCAGGGCCGACGAUGUGAGUGGCGCAUUGGUGAAGCUAGCGCGCAGCUGUAACUGCCAGGACAACAUAAGCGUGAUCGUAGUGUUCACGAAGUCUCCCUCGGAGAUCGUCUCUCGGCCGCUCUCGGAGCUCCCUCUACUCCAAGCCGCGUUCGAGGCCGAGUCCGUCCCGACCGGCGACAUGCUCUACGAGCCCGAGGAGGACGGCACGCGACUGGCCAGCCAGCCGGCCAACGGCAGGCGCGACAAGGAGCGUGGCGUCGCGGCCGUCGACGAGGACGACAGCGACGACUUCGGCCCGGAGACCGACGUGGACGCGAUCGACGACGCCGACGCCGUGGCCACCCUGAAGGGCAUCUCGCGUCAGCUCUUCUCCGAGAAGACCGAGGACGAGGAGCCCAACGCGGAGGCGGCCCGCAACGGCGACGCCCCGGCCUUUCCAUAUCCCAAACCUCAACACGAUGUACUGAUCCCGGAGGUGACGGAUAAUGCGGCAGAUAGCGAGGACUCCGAGGACGAGUGGAAUUAUUACCGCAUAGACAGCAACCGGGGAAAGGAGUCUCGAGACGCCGACGAAGAGGCGAAGAAGCGAAAGCCCGACCAGGAACAGGACUAUCCGCGAGCUGGCGAAGAACCGGCCAUCGAGUUAGAACCGAAAGAAGAAGUCCUGUCCGACGACAACGAAAUUAAGGGGCAGGGGGUGGAAGAGAAGGAGGAGUCUCCGCUCUUGGAAUUCGCUACGAAAGAUAUCAGCGUCGAAAGAGGCUCUCCCGAGGACGCCGUCUCGCCGAAGCCAGCCGAGGACCAGGGUGAAGACAUGGACUUCCCGUUGAACCCCAACGCAGCCGAGUUCGUCCCCGUGACGCCAUCCAGAGGGAUACCACCCCUGGUGAACGUGAACAGAGACCUGCUGUUGUCCGGAUCCCCGAUGAAGCAGCCGACGUCGAUGGAGGAUAUCUCCGUGCCCAGCGAAAAGGAAUUCGCCCAGGAGAUAUGCCAGCGUCCCCACGAGGUCGCGGAGGAGUGCGCGAACGGCGAGGAAACGUCCACUGCCUCCGACCUGGUCGACUUCUUGAUGGACAAGCGAAAAGAAGUCACCGGGCCAACGGUUGGUUCCGACGAAUUCGAACUGUCUUCGACGAAGGCCGAGUUUGGCGACGAAUCCUCCACCAGCUUCAUGACCGGCAGCGACCUCUACGGCACCAUGGGUGUGUCCACCAUCGAUGGCUCCUUCGAGGCCGAGACCAACAGCGAGGAGCUCGUUUCCAAGCAUCCCAUGACCAUGUCUUUCACCCCUGGCGACUUCGCGGUGGCUUUCGAGAAAUGCGUGGACCUGAACGCGGUGCACGACUUGAGCGACGUCGAGAUCAUCACCGGCGAAAACGGGGUUAAUAUCGAGGAGAAAUGCGCCUCGCCGUCCUCGGACAUUCAGCUGGAUCUGGUCAACCUCGCGGUGACUGGCUCCACCUUGCGGCCAACGGCGGAACCAUUCGUCAUCAACGAGUCGUCCCCUCGGAUGGACUCGUCCUCCCCUUUGCCUUCGCACGAGGCUCCGGAUGCUCUCUCGGAGACGGGAGAAUCCGAACAUUCUACCUUCGGUCAGCAUCCCGAGACACGGCAGGAUUCGGAAUUGCGCCAUGUAGAACACGAGAAUGAGAAGGAGUUCUCGCAGAAGUUGGACCAUCUCAUGUCGGAGGUGACUUCGACGGCGAAGUUUGCGGGCGAGGACAGUCCCGAUUGCGAAGUGAUUCAGGAAUCUCCGUCUCCACGGGAUGGAAAUGGACACGAGCUGGAAAUGGACGUACAAGAACACGGGGAGCGGGAUAUCGAAGAAAUAUCGGAACGUAAGCUCGACGAGGACCUUCCGCAGGACCUCUUGGGGCUGCAAGAGCCAGCUUCCGGUUUGGCGCAGGCGGUAUCUUCCCUUUCGCUCGAUACGAACAGAUCGGACUCCGUUUCCCCGCAGUUGGUCGAAACGGAAGAGCACGAAGUGGCUUUGUCAACGGAAGAGCGCGAAGCGGCUUUGUCAACGGAAGAGCACGAAGUGGCUUUGUCAACGGAAGAGCACGAAGUUGCUUUGUCAACGGAAGAGCGCGAAGUGAUUUUGUCAACGGAAGAGCGCGAAGUGGUUCUGCCAACGGAAGAGCGCGAAGUGGUUUUGCCAACGGAAGAGCACGAAGUGGUUUUGUCAACGGAAGAGCGCGAAGUGGUUGUGUCAACGGAAUCUACAGACGUGAUUGCCGCGUGUCCUCAAGAUUCGACGUCUGCGACGCAGAAAGCAUUUGACAUUGCUGAGUCCGCGGGAAUACCGGGAGCCGAUUCCUUUUAUCCUUCGUUUGGUUUUAACUCCGCGAGUAAUGAAUCCCCGAGUAAUUUCGAUGUACCCAUUUCGCAUAAUCCCUUCGACGUUGAACCGACGUUGGCAGAGUUCAACGUGAAUGUGGAACAUGCGAGCGAACGGCCUUUGGAGGAGCCAUCGAAGGAGGAUUUGGUCCCAUCCUUCGAACAGAAGGACACCGUGGAAUUUGUUAAGGAACAGGAUUCCAACACGUGCCAGGUUGAAUCGGUCGAGUUAAUAGAUGAUAAAUCCCUUCGGCAGGAGGACGCGUGUUUGCUGCCUUCUCGGGAACUGCACGAGAGCUUCGUCGACCACGAGAAAGAUCUUUUGCAAAACGAGGUACUUGAAACAUCUGGCAUCCAGAUAGAGGAAUCUAUGGUGGAUACUACUUAUAGAGAGUCACCGGUGCUGAAACUGUCCGAGUCGAUGCAAGAGUUUACGGGAUUGGAGCAACAACUCGCUCCUGAAAAGGGCACCCCGACGAGCAGCGUCGCGGUACCAGAGGUCGAGGAAACUCCAAUCGUUCCUGUAGUUGACCUUGCCCAAGCUCCACAAGAAGAAGAACAUCUUGUUACUUCUGAAAACUUAAUCGCGCCCGUAAUCGUACCCGAAAUCGCACCUGAAAUCGCGCCCGAAAUCGCACCCGAAAUCGCACCCGAAAUCGCACCCGAAAUCGCACCCGAAAUCGCACCUGAAAUCGCCCGAGAAAUCGCACCCGAAAUCGCACCCGAAAUCGCACCCGAAAUCCUGCCCGAAACACAACAGCCAGAGAGUACGACAGAAACGUUACCAGAGGAAGAUGCGGCGAAAGCAACAGAUCCCGCCAUCGUUGAUCCGGUUACCGCUGUGGCGGAAACAGCUGCUGUAGUAGCUGUCGCAACCGCAGUUGCAGCUACGAUCACCACCGCGGCGGUUGGCAAAACAGCGAAAACCUCUAAGCCAUCAACCAAGGCCCCGAAAGUCCCAGCGACAACGAAGACUGCGACGAAGUCUACCCCGACCUCGCCGACGAAGACUGCAGCCGCGACAACGACCAAUCGAACGAACGCUAUCGCUCCGACGAAGAAGGUUUCCUCCAGCACCGCGACUCGUCCUAAACAGUUGGACACCAAACCCGCGACAGGUGUGGGUGCAGCGAAGACUUCCGGUGUCAAGGCGACCUCUGCGGCCAAAGCGAGUACCACGACGACGACGACGACCAAGUCGGUCACCCUGUCGACCAAAGCCAAACUCAAUGCCGCUUCCCCUAAAGCUGCAACUGGAGAGAAGCCGGAGAAAAAGCCGCUGGCCAACGGCGACGCGAAACCCCUCGGCAAGCUACACCCCGGCGUAGCUUCGAAGACGACGAGCAAACCCGCCGGCGCCGCCCCCGCGUCCAAGACCACCCUAGUCAAUAAGCCAACGACGUCCGCGACCUCCAAGCCCCCGCUUCAGAACUCGCUGGCGACAAAGUCGAGGCCAGCCUCGACGACCGCGGCCACGAGAACCGCGACCAAGAGUUCAACGGUUAGCACGGUUGGCAGUGCCGUUGCACCUUCCGCCUCCGCUGCGCGGCCGAAAACCGCACCCGGGACAACCGCAACGAAAACGCGCAUCUCCGCUGCCAAGUCCCCGGUGACGGAGAAGCAAACGAAGGAGACAGCCAACAAGCAGAUCUCCUCAGCCAGGGCUGCGACCGCCAAGCCUCGAACCGUGUCCGUGGCUUCCGCUGCCAGCGCCACCGCGACGGCAAGGCGUACUACCGCGACAACGACGAAGACCGUUUCCUCAUCGACCACUUCGCCUAUCAAGAAGCCCAGUUCCGGGUUGAAGACGGCGACGAAAACCUCCACCGGGUCGAAGACCACCGCCAAGGUCAGCGUGACCUCCACGACGAAGACGGUCUCCAAGGUGGUGCAAAACGGCGUCUGCGAGGCCCAGAAGACCACGACCACCGUCACCGUGACAGACAAGACCAUCGUAGAACCGGACCUGCCAAAGAAGGACCUCUCCCCUGUGGCAGCGCCCACUGACAAUCAGCUGAUCGCGACGGCUGACUGAACGGCCGACCCUGAAGAGCGAGCGGAACCUCUCGAGUGCGAGCCCCGACUUUCUACGCCAAUGCGAAUCCCGGUAUAAUAGCUUGUGGCGCCUCCACUGUGUAACGUUGUGGCAAUAGUCUCUUAUAUAUGUGUAUACAUGUUAUAUGUAUAUAUAUAAUAUGUAUUCUAUAUAUAAGUUUCUUCCCCUUCCUCGCACGGCCGUUUUACGCAGACGCGACAGUAGAUAGGGAGAGUACGGCUAAAUCCAUACAUUUCUAUCAUACCUACGUAAUAAAAUACAAAAUAAUAAUAUAUUAUAGAUAUAUCUAUUAAAAGUAACGGAAAAAAAAAAAACUACUGUCCUAUUUGUAACCAGGGAGGCAUUAUUACCUUCUCGUAAUAUGUAUCAUCUAUCGCUUGACUGCUUCGGUGUGCUGUGCGUUUGUAUCGACAGAUUAUAUAGAAACAGGAAAAUUGAAGAAAAUAGAAAAAAACUCGGCGGUGAGACGAGACCGGAAAUGGGGGGACAAGAGGAAAUUCGGACUUUUGUUGUGUAAAUAAUGAGUGGAUAUUAAUAGGCAUGAAUUCGAAGCGUUGCUUCCUUUUCUUUUUAAUAACUUGAGGGGGAGUGCAGGGACGUCUUUCUAGAUCGAGUCAAGGUCGACGAUUAUUACUCCCGUAAUGUGAAACUGGAUGGUCUUUUUUAUAUUUUUUAAUUUUAUAUGUUUACUGUAAUUGAUAAUAAUCAAUCGUUGUACUUCACGGAGUCUUAUUUAUUUUUUCCGUUUGUUCCUAUCUGAAGUUGAGUACAUAACGCUCUAUCACCAUCAUUUAGGUACCUACCGUCUGUGUACAGCACCCUUAUGAUUUAAUGUGAUAUCAUUAUUAUUAUUAAUAUUAUUACUAUUAUUACUAUUACUAUUAUUACUAUUAUUAUUAUUAUUAUUAUAUUGAAUAAUUUCGACCAGUAUGAGGAAUAAAAUUUAUUAAAGAAAGAAUAAAACCGUAAGGAGGUUGUGUUUCACUAGAUGAUCCUUUUUGUUUAAACCGAACAUUGAUUGACACGAUUUUGUUUAUUGUAUGCGCCCAGAUAACACUCUUAUGUUAUAUGAAUUAUUUACAUAUGUUUAAGUAGGAUGUUUCGUCGUUUCCAGAAUAUUCUGCAAAUAUUUAAGACGUACAAUGAAUAUUCGUGGGGGAAUAUUUAGAUAUUCAGAAAAUAUAUCCUCGAGCUGUUACUAAAGAAUUGCAUGUAUAUUACAGGAAAAUUACCAACACACGAAUAUUGUAUACCGAUAAUAAAUCUUCAAUCUUGUUCUAA